UGUUUUAUUCAUACUAGCUAGAACCAUCUGAUCGAACAUUAAAUCAAAAUGUCACAUUUCAGCUUUCUAGGGUUUCAGUAUGGCUCAUUCACACUGAGAAAGUCUCGCAAUAAACCAGCGCCCAAAUUGAGUACUAAUGUCUCCAAAGAGACACAGAGUUCUAGCUUGUCAAGGUCUUCAUCCCAGCCAAAAAUGGAGGAGAUAAGAUGGGUGUUUGAUAAAUUUGACACCAACAAAGACGGGAAGAUAAGUCGGGAGGAGUACAAGUCGGCGUUGAAAACCCUCGACAAAGAAAUGACAGAAGCUGAGAUUGCCAAGACAUUCAAGGCCCUUGAUUCUGACGGAGACGGAUCCAUAGGCUGGACGGAGUUUGUGGAGAUGUUCAACAUGGGAGCUGAUGAGGCCAAGAAAGCUGACAUUGAAGGCGCUUUUCGGGUGUUUGAUUUGGAUGGAAAUGGGAAGAUAAGCGCAGAGGAGUUGUCUCUCGUUCUCAAGAAGCUGGGAGAGAAUUGCAGCCUUGGGGCUUGUAAGAAAAUGGUGAAAGGGGUGGAUGUUGAUGGUGAUGGUUUGAUAGAUAUAAAUGAGUUUACCAAAAUGAUGGGAAGCUUCAAGAAACCAAGUACUUGAAAAGAGAUAUCCUUGUUGGUUUGGUACUCGUGUAUCCCUGGAGGGCUUAAGUUUCUUGUGUUUUUUAUACUCUUGCUUCUAAUACUCAUAAGUAUGCUAGAGCAAAUAAAUGAUAACUAUGCUUGAGCCCAAGAACAAAUUGAAGCAAAUAAUGAAUUUAUAGUUUAAUUUGUGUCUCAA